AUGCAACAAUUUGGUAAAUGGAUUCAAAAUAUUCAAUAUUUACAGAGUGGAAAUAUUCAACGAGACACACAGAGUGGAAAUAUUCAAAAAGAUUUACAAAGUGGAAAUAUUCAAAAAGAUUUACAAAGUGGAAAUAUUCAGCGAGAUUUACAAAGCGGAAACAUUCAACAAGAUUUACAGAGCGGAAAUAUUCAAAAAGAUGUACAAAGCGGAAAUAUUCAAAAAGAUUUACAGA